AUUCAGAUUACAGUAUACUGCGUGCGCUUGCGUGCUUGUGUUCUUGAACGUCGGAUGGUGGGCUGGAGGAGGAAAAGCGUGUUUACACAGACGGGCCGAGCGCCUGGGGAAUAGCGCACGGCGAGAGGAAGUGAGCCGGCUCGCUGUCUGCCUGCACCAACUUCCUGCUCAGAGAGAGAGAGAGAAAGAGAGAGAGAAAACAGUCGGGAUCCCAUUACAGUUCGACUGAGAGCUGCCGAGACGGCCGACAGCAUGGAAAAACAGCGCAUUAUACGGAAUUCUUUUUAAUAAAGCGAAAAAGGACCCCAAAAAGCCUGACCAUUACGCACAGAUAUGGAGAGUGCUAUCACGCUGUGGCAGUUUCUGCUGCAGCUACUGCUGGACCAGAGCCAUAAGCACCUGAUUUGCUGGACAUCCAACGACGGCGAGUUCAAGCUACUCAAAUCGGAAGAAGUCGCCAAACUCUGGGGCCUGCGCAAGAACAAGACCAACAUGAACUACGACAAACUUAGCCGAGCACUACGCUAUUAUUAUGACAAGAACAUCAUAAAGAAGGUGAUUGGCCAGAAGUUUGUAUACAAGUUCGUCUCGUUCCCUGAUAUUCUGAAGAUGGAUCCCCAAGCGGUGGAGCUCGGUCGGGACGGGGGUCACGUCGCAGGGGGCAUCAUGUUGCAGGAGGUGGAGUCAGAUUGCGGCGAGGGGGAGGAAUCUCCAAAGCUGUCGCUGUCAUCGCUGAGAAGCCCCACCUGCAGGAACGAGUAUCUCCACUCUGGUCUGUACUCGUCCUUUACAGUCAGUUCCCUCCAAAGCCCGCCUCCACUGCUGCGUCCAAUCAAAGUCGAGAAGCAGCGAGGGGGCGAAAGAGGGGAGGAGGGACAAACGGUGAUUCGCUUUGUCACUAAUCGAUCAGAAAAGGUCGUUCCCCUGGCUUCCUCGCCGCCACCUGCAUCCGCGGAGGUCUUCUUCGCUUCAAAAACCUCCCCUUGUUCAUCCUGUAGCCCCUCCCCUUCUCAUAGCCCUGUCUACACGCUGCGGCCGGAGCGCAGCCCGGAGGCUCGCGUAGACGAAUCAGAGCAGAGCGCUCAGCCUCUAAAUUUAUCAUCCGGCCACAGGGAGCGAGCCCAGAAUCGGGUUCCUGUUCCCCCCUUUCACAAUACCUCCCCCUACUCCUCUCUCUCUCUUCAGACUCCCUCUGGUUUGCUGUUGACACCCAGUCCUCUCCUGUCCUCCAUUCAUUUCUGGAGCAGCCUGAGUCCCGUAGCCCCUCUCAGCCCAGCCAGGCUACAGGGCCACGGGUCACUCUUUCAGUUCCCGACCCUGCUGAAUGGGCCGCUCCCAGUACCCCUCCCCAACCUGGACUCCUCUUCAUCAUCCUCCUCCUCCUCUCUCCUCCUCUCCUCCAGCGCCCAGAAAUCCUGAUUUCUGGACACUCCACAUAUCCCCUCCCCAGAAUCAUACCUUUGCUCUCACACUAAGAAGGAAUUAUGGACCUUCAUGUCAUUUUUGAGCCAGACUGCACUUCACCCCCUUGUGGCCACCUAUACCUAUAGCACCCUUCAGUUCUGUUGAAUUUUGGACCAGCAAACUGUUUUUUUCUUCUUUAACUCAGGCUGCAAUCCAAACAGCUCACCAAAAUUCCUCCCCAAGCUCUUAAAAUAGGGAAUUAUGAUGAGGUAAUGCCAAAACACAUGAAGUGUCCUUUUGAGAAGAUGGUGAGUCAUUGGAAACAGAGCCUUAGAGAAUCUGUAUCCUGGAGAAAGUGGCAAGUUAUGCAAGCUAUUUUUCAUAAUCUCAAUUUCAGAUAGAUACAAACGAUGCUGGACGACGUAAACACGUUUAAAACAGCGUAGACUUUCUAAAGCAAAACUUCAGCGUUCCCUACUGUUCUCCAUUCCUAAGGUGCUUCAACUGGAGAGAUCUUGACCAGUUCAAAAAGAAGAAAUGUUUAAACCAUAUUAAAGGAAUCUCAUUAGCAUUUAAGUCUCUUUUUAAUCUUUCCGAGGCUGUGAACCGGGUUUCUGUUCGUUUGUUGUUUGUCUGGUAUUGUAUUGUAUAAUAUUGCGUUGUAUGCACUGUGCUUCAAAUGUACUACCGGCUGUGCCUUUUUUGUGGAAGAAUUGUUUAUUUGUAUUAUUUUCCUGCUUAAAUACGUUUUUGUAAUAGACGAAAUUCCAUUGCAAUAUUGGAAAGAAAAGCUUUGUAAUAGCUUCCGUUUUUUUUCAUUAAUGAAUUGAUUUAAAAAAAAAAAAGUGUAUUCUCGUAUUAAUUUUAUAUUUUUUGCUUUUCAAGAAUCAAGAAAAUGUGCCUUGUAUUUAAAAUAAACAAGCGUUGAAUGCGACGCAACGCUCUCGCGUCUGAACGAACACCUUGUAUUUGUAGAUGAAAUGCACACAGACACACACACAAAUAUAAUAAACAGACGACAGAGAGUUCGCUGUAUGAAACAGACCAUGUUUACUUCACUGAUUAAGAGAAAUAAAUAUCUGCAGUACAAAGAGUUAAACGGUCAAUUCAGCCGACAGCUGGUACUGAGUGUUUCACGGAGGCGGAGCUUACAGGACACCACGCACUCCAUGCGUCACGUAUACACACGCAAUCACGCACACACGCACGCACGCAUCUCCAGAAACAAUCGACUCCGAUUUGACGAUAUUAAUUAACAUUUGUCAGUUCAAAAAAACAAAAAACAGUCAUCUAAAAUCUGUUUGAUAUCUUCUGCUUUCUUCAUGUUUAUAAAUGCUGGGAAAAAGAAACAUUGGUCCAACGCUGCUGUCAAAAUUUUUGUUGUUGUUAUUACCUUUUUUCUUUUAUACACACAAUAUCGUUUUCUCUUCUGAAUAAAAUCAAGCACAAAUGUGGGACAGUCGGACUCCAACAUGCCACAUUAAGAUACCAUUAUUCACAGAGGGGUCAAUAUGUAACAUUAAAAAAAAAA